UCUAAUAGACUUUAAGAAGGAGUCAGAGAUUAGCUCAGGGACAAAGGCUGGCAGCAGACGUGAGCCAGGAGCAGAGCACACAGAGCGAUGGAACGAGAGACCCUGGCCCUCGGCUGGGCCAUGGCUGCCAUCCUGCUGCUGCAGAUGGCUGGGGCAGAACAUUCCUCGGGGACCCCACACAAUGAGGCGGGGGUGUUUGCAGACCUGAGCGCCCAAGAAAUGAAGGCCGUGCACAGCUUCCUGCAGUCCAGGAAAGAGCUGAGGCUGCAGCCCUCUGCAGCCCCAACCAUGGCCAAGAACAGCAUAUUCCUCAUCGAGAUGCUGCUGCCCAAGAAGCGACAUGUGCUGAGAUUUCUGGAUAAAGGCGAAAGGCAUCCUGAUAGGGAAGCUCGUGCCGUCGUCUUCUUUGGAGCCCAGGAGCAUCCCAAUGUCACUGAGUUUGCUGUGGGGCCCCUCCCAUGGCCCAACUACAUGCGAGUGCUGUCCCCCAGGCCUGGACACCAGUUCUCCUGGACAUCCCGACCCAUCACCAGGGUAGAGUACACCCUCCUCCACCACACCCUGCAGGCAGCCAUCAAGCCCCUGCAUCAGUUUUUCCUUGACACCACAGGCUCUUCAUUCCAAGACUGCCACAGCCGAUGCCUGACCUACACCGACAUUUCCCCCCGGGGCUUGGCUUCUGGAGAGCGCCGCAGCUGGCUUAUCAUUCAGCUCAAUGUAGAAGGCUAUUUCUUGCACCCCACUGGGCUGGAGCUCCUUGUGAAUCAUGGGAGUAUAGAUGCCCGGGACUGGGUGGUGGAGCAGGUGUGGUACAACGGAAAGUUCUACAGAAGCCCAGAAGAACUGGCUCAGAAGUAUGCCAACAGAGAGGUGGACGUGGUGGUCCUGGAGCACCCACCACCCAAGGGUGAGGGGGAUGAGAGCAUGGAGAAGACAGCUCUCUUCUCCUCCUAUAAACUCCGCGGGGACUUCCCCAGCCCCAUCAGCGUGAACGGCCCUCGCUUGGUCCAGCCCCACGGCCCUCGCUACAGGCUGGAGGGCAACACCGUGCACUAUGGGGGCUGGAGCUUUGCCUUCCGGCUGCGCACCUCGUCUGGGCUGCAGGUCCUGAACGUGCACUUUGGUGGAGAGCGUAUUGCCUAUGAGGUCAGUGUGCAAGAUGCCGUGGCACUGUAUGGAGGACACACACCUGCGGGCAUGCAGACCAAGUACAUCGAUGUGGGCUGGGGCCUGGGCAGCGUUACCCAUGAGUUAGCCCCUGGCAUCGACUGCCCGGAGACUGCCACCUUCCUGGACGCCUUCCACUACUAUGAUGCCGAUGGCCCUGUUCACUAUCCCCGAGCUCUCUGCCUCUUUGAGAUGCCCACAGGAGUACCCAUUCGGCGGCACUUUAAUUCCAACUUUAAUGGUGGCUUCAACUUCUAUGCAGGGCUGAAGGGUCAGGUGCUGGUGCUGCGGACGACUUCAACCGUCUACAAUUAUGAUUACAUUUGGGACUACAUCUUCUACUCCAACGGGGUGAUGGAGACAAAGAUGCAUGCCACCGGCUACGUCCACGCCACCUUCUACACCCCUGAGGGGCUGCACCACGGCACCCGCCUGCACACCCACCUGAUUGGCAACAUGCACACCCACUUAGUGCAUUACCGCGUCGACCUGGAUGUGGCAGGCACCAAGAAUAGUUUUCAGACUCUGCAGAUGAAGCUAGAAAACACCACCAACCCCUGGAGCCCAAGACACCGCCUGGUCCAGCCAACUCUGGAGCAGACGCAGUAUUCCCAGGAACGUCGGGCAGCCUUCCGCUUUGGACGGACACUACCCAAGUACCUGCUCUUUACCAGCCCCCAGGAGAACCCCUGGGGCCACAAGCGCAGCUACCGCCUACAGAUCCACUCCAUGGCCGACCAAGUGCUGCCCCCAGGCUGGCAGGAGGAGCGGGCUGUUACUUGGGCCAGAUACCCCCUGGCAGUGACCAAGUACCGGGAGUCGGAGCUGUGCAGCAGUAGCAUCUACAACCAGAACGACCCCUGGGAUCCUCCUGUGGUCUUUGAGGAGUUUCUUCACAACAAUGAGAACAUCGAAAAUGAGGACCUGGUGGCCUGGGUGACAGUGGGCUUCCUGCAUAUUCCCCACUCAGAGGACAUUCCCAACACUGCCACGCCCGGAAACUCUGUGGGCUUCCUGCUCCGCCCAUUCAACUUCUUCCCAGAGGACCCAUCUGUGGCAUCCAGAGACACUGUGAUUGUGUGGCCUCGGGACAAUGACCCCAACUAUGUCCAGCGCUGGAUCCCUGAGGACAAGGACUGCUUGAUGCCUCCCCCUUUUAGCUACAAUGGGACCUACAGGCCCAUGUGAGGGGUCCCUAACCCCAGUUCCUACCAGAAGCCCGGGAGCCUCACAGGGACAGAAAAUCAACCCCUCUUAGCGC